UUACCAGCACUGGUCGAGAUUAGAGAUGGGAGUAAUAAUCAUUAUGACUGCUCAAUACGAACUUCAGUACAAAUACAAAAUUAGUUAUGGCAGUUGCAAUUAAAAUGUUUAGAAUAAUAAUUGUUAAGCGAAAGCAACGUAAUAUAUAUUUAAUAUAUCCUCACUAAUUACAGCUUGAGCACAUAUUGAACUUGGAGUUGGAUACAAUGUUAGUAAUAUUAAAUUUCAACUAUAUUCAAAUAUUAUAUUCACAAACGAAUUAACUUCAUCAUAUCAGAAAUAUCGAUUGUUCGCUUGCUCAUUUAAGUGUGACCGCCAUAGCGAAAGAAUACCAAAAAUACGAAACAGCUGGAGCAUAUAGAAUUAGGUGGUAACACCGUCACGCCGGCCUCGACCAAUCAACGCCAACCACGAUGCACACACACAAGCAUAGAUAGUUUUACACGAGAAUUUUUGCCAGUCGUAUUAUUUUUGUGAGCGAGCUGCAAAUUCAUACACAAGAUAACCAGAUAAUGUUGUUGAAUUAAACACUAGCAACAACUAGAAGAGACAACUAACCACGUAGCCUACAAUCCACACAGACACACAAUGCAGCUAAUCAAGGGGUUGCUAAUUGUGCAGCUGGCCAUUUUCCUGCUGGACGAGGUGCUGGCAGCGCGAGACUUUUACAGUAUACUCAAUGUGAAACGCAACGCGAACACGAAUGAGAUAAAGAAGGCGUAUCGGCGACUGGCCAAGGAGCUGCAUCCCGAUAAGAACAAAGAUGAUCCGGAGGCGGCCACGAAAUUUCAGGAUCUGGGCGCCGCCUACGAGGUGCUCUCGAAUGCGGACAAGCGCAAGACCUACGAUCGCUGCGGCGAGGAGUGCCUGAAGAAGGAGGGCAUGAUGGAUCACGGCGGUGAUCCGUUCUCCAGUUUCUUUGGCGAUUUUGGCUUUCACUUUGGCAACGGUGAUCCCCAUCAGCAUGAUACGCCCCGCGGUGCUGAUAUUGUGAUGAAUAUGUAUGUCUCACUCGAAGAGCUCUAUUCGGGCAAUUUUGUGGAGAUUGUGCGCAACAAGCCAGUGGUGAAGCCCGCCUCCGGCACACGCAAAUGCAAUUGUCGCCAGGAGAUGGUCACCCGUAAUCUUGGCCCCGGACGUUUCCAAAUGAUCCAGCAAACCGUUUGCGAUGAGUGUCCGAAUGUGAAGCUCGUUAACGAGGAGCGCACACUGGAGAUUGAAGUCGAGCAGGGCAUGGUCGAUGGCCAGGAGACGCGCUUUGUCGCGGAGGGUGAGCCCCAUAUUGAUGGCGAGCCCGGUGAUUUACUGGUGCGCGUCCAACAGAUGCCACAUUCACGUUUCCUGCGCAAGGGCGAUGAUCUGUAUACGAAUGUGACGAUCAGUCUGCAGGAUGCACUCAUUGGUUUUACAAUGGAGAUUAAGCAUCUGGAUGGACACAGAGUGAGCGUGACGCGCGAGAAGAUCACCUGGCCGGGUGCACGCAUCCGGAAGAAGGGCGAGGGCAUGCCGAACUUUGAGAACAACAAUCUGACGGGUAAUCUUUACAUCACAUUCGAUGUGGAGUUCCCCAAACAGGACCUGACGGAGGAGCACAAAGAAGCCCUCAAGAGCAUACUAGAACAAUCGUCCAUAAAUCGCGUCUACAAUGGUCUGUGAAUCUUUUGGACGUCAUUUGCAUCAGGGCUGUACUUUAAGUAGUAUUUAUUUAAGACUUUGUUGCCGGUAAAAAGUUGUGCGCAACAACUUGUGUAUAGUCUAGUAAUUGUAAAAAUAAAUCAAUUCGGGAUCGUUCCACAAAAGCCACAAAGCGAUCCCACCAGUAAAACAUGAACGGGAAAAACUAAAAUAAAUACCUACAUUUAUUAGCAA